UGCGAAUAUCUCAAAGACGCGAUCCAACUCACGACAAUUCACAUCGAACGUAGCUGGUAUAAAAAUUCGGUUUAGGUAUUCGUCUGAACGAGAUCAAGUGUAGAAAUCCUUUUGCCAAACCCUUCAGGAAAUAGUAGCAGUCAAAAGGACUAUACUAGACCUUUACUAGACGUGAUUUCGGCUUGGAAUUCAAUCUACAUCGAACUCACGACAGGAUCAAAAGCAAGAUGGCGGCUCAUCAGAUCAAACAGGAUCCGACAAAAACACCUCUGAAUGUGGCAUUGCUACCCAACCAGCAUGCCUCGAGUCUGCACCAACAGCCUCAUUCUCUUGGCGUUUCAACUUCCGGUCUCUCGACUUCCGGUGCCAAUUCACGUGGACUGGUUCAGGUGUACGUACCGUCCCAGCAGCUAAUAAUGAUGGAUGGGGACAAGUCUGCCGCGUCAUCGGACAAAUCCGUCCGGUCUACCUGCCUGACUAACUCGUCCCGGUGGUCGGACGCCGAGACACGUCAUCUGGUAGAGGUCUGGGGCACGCGCUAUUUGGCGCUCAAAAACAAAAAACGAAACUUCAGAGAGUGGGAGCAAAUAGCGCGGGAAUUCAACAAGCGGUGCAUAUCGGACGGUGUGUCCGCUUUAGGGCCACGGACCGGGGCACAGUGCAAAAUACGUAUCAAAAAUAUCAUAGCGGACUAUAAGAGGGCUAAAGGGGAGUACAAUGGAAUCGUCAGUCGACAGUUGACCAAUUAUUUUGACAUGGUCAGUGAAAUUCUGAGUAAAAAGUCGACGGAUUCGAUACCUCAGGAUAAUGAGUUUGAAGAGUUCGACGGAGGGGAGGAUGUCAGGGCGGAUGAGAUUGUACAUCUACCGCUGUCGUCAGAAGUUAUUGAAACGCAAGAUGUUUCCAUGGCGACUAUGGCUGCGUCGAUGCAAACAUCUUCUAAUUCGCUUCCGGUUCCGGUUGCUGUCCAGAGUUUAGCAAUGUCAACGCAGUCGAACUUGGUCCAGGGCUCCACGCGCAUGGUAACCACAAUUCCUUGUAGCACGAACAAUACGCACAAUCACAUCAACCUCGCUUGUAGUUCAAUCCCAAUAGCCCCUGCGGUCGCAGUUGGCCCAGUCCACGUAGCCCCACAGGGACAGGAACCCCAAUGCGAGGAAAUCGGAGAAAGUAGAUCGAGUGACGAUAGCAGCCCGGGUGCGUGCGCAGACAGCCUGCUACAAGUGCCCAGACAGGCGUCAAACAAACCAAUCAACAUUCAUAACAAACAAAUCCGCAAGAACCCUCGACCUCUCAAGGUUGUCAAGAUAACGCGUGGAAACGAGGGCGACCGGUUGUUGACGAUUGUGAGAGGGUUCAUGGAAGAAAACAGGAGACGAGAGGAGGAGCUUUUUGAUAAACUGUUUCAGCAACAGGCACAGGCCGAAAAGCGCUACCAGGAAUUCACGCUCAACGUGAUCCGAGAGAUUGGCAAGAUGUUUAGGCCUGGGGCAAGUGACUGAAGCUAUCAAAUGAGUGGCUUAACAAAGAAGCGCUACCAUUGGUUCCUGCUCAACAGAAUUUGAGAAAUAAGGACCGAGGCGAUGCUAAGCCAGAAUAUUGUCCGUUUUGUUCGCGUCAUUGUUAUUAGGAAUCUAGGAAGGAUAAGUGAUAAUUCUAUAAAAGGACCUGCAUUAGAAAGGUCCCACGCGUUCUGACCCAGACCCUUAAUCUUUUUCCCGUGGUUAAUAAAGAGUUGUGACGUUAUUGGAAAAAUCUCCCCAGCCUUCUUGGACCAAGGUGAAGCACCUGAACCUCAAAAGGACGCCGGGAACUAGGCUCAAGCUGCACGUGAUUAUUUCUGAAAAUAUUUUUGGGAUAUUUUAUACAAGGAGUUUUUGACGUUAUUAUAAAUAAUGAAGCCAGUUGCUGGCAUGGUUUUGAUAAAAUAUAUAGUUUUUUUUAUCAGAGCCGUAGCAGGCUAUUGAUAACACUAUUGAGCUAUUGAUGACACUAUUGAGCUAUUGAUGACACGAUACUAGAGCAUUAAACAAAUAUGGGGCGUAGCCAUGCCCCACGCCGCCGUCGAGCGCGACAUUUAGUUAAAAACGCCUGCGAUCACAGUGUCCUGCGGAGUUGCCCAUUGCAUAGCAACGAUCAGUUAGCAACGCUCGCGUCGUCUUUGUCUUACAGCUAAGCCGAUCGCGUCCUUUGUUUUUAAACCAAUGAAAUCCCGUGUUCUUUGAGGUUUAGAGUGCUUAUUUUAUCAGAGUCCAAGCAGACAAGAUGGCGGAACCGACACAGAGCGAAGGAUGGCUUCAAUUCCUUUACAAAUUCGCGCUACGCGAGUUUGAUUUUUGGGAGCCUAACUCGUGCAGAAGUUAAAGAUAUCGUUGUACUACUUGUACUCUAGUUGGAUUUGUGGAUUUUUGGAAGUUUUCCCGUGGUAGAGGGUGCCUAAUUCUACGAGUUGGAUGGCUGUAUGAUCGCCUGGCACGCCGACGCGACGCAGGGUGGAUCGAGCUGAAUUCACGGUUCAACUGGUUGAGUUCAUGAUGAAUUGAUUCACCACCCUGCUCGCCGAAAAAGCCUGAAGGAAACUUCCGUUCCCGGAUGAAAUCUGAAGUCUGUGCCUGAGGUAUUUUCAUGACCACGGUUGGCUGAAAGAGAAUAAUAAUGUAAUUUAUAAUAUUGCAAAAAAGAAUAAAAAAUAUAGUUAGAACAAAA